AUGGAAGUUGCUGGCCUCAAUGUGGCUUUGGCGAAAGAGGACCUCGAAGAGAGCUUUGAUAUUCACAUUAGCGAACUCGCUACACUCUUCGUCCGACACAAUGCUCACACAGUCUUGGGAAUCCACCUCAUUCACGGCCAUUUCGCCAUCCCCGAACAGACCGUUCUGCUAGGAACAAAUGCCACAUCCAUCCCAAGUAUUGACCUCGACAAUAUACAUGGGCAUAUCUUCAUCCUCACCAAGAAGGGGUUCUACCCUUACGAGUACCAAGUCGGUGUUAUGCCGGAUCUUUCUCAAGUCAGUAGCACCUUCCUCGUGGAGCUCGCCGGUUUCCUCUCUACGAAUGGACUGGAAGUAAUAGUUGGUCUUCAGGUCCUCGACGAGAGUUCAUACGGCGUGUUAAAACUCGUUCUUGGUCAAGGAACUACUAGCUGGAGGUUCGAAGUCGAGAAUAGUGAGCCGCGUGUUUGCUCCCAGUACGAGUCACACGGCCAAACAAGUACAGGGCAUGAAGUUUAUAACAAGGGUAGUCCGCAUCCGAAGCUCGGGACUUUCCAAGAUCUGAAGGACCUGCUAACGGAUGCUGGCAUUGUCACUAUUGCUUAG